AUGGAAUUUAGAGACGCCAUGAAAAUCUGGAGAGCCCAGUCGUUGCUGAUGUUGGAGAUGGCAAACUUAAUUAGGCAAUUGUGGAUUCGUUCGUCUCCUUUACAACGAUGUACCCGCAAUUUAAAUUAUGCAACACGGCAUUUCAGUGUCUGCUGCUCAUCAAGUCAUUAUUCUCCACAUGCUCGGUGUACGUCUAGGAGAUUGCCCUCAGCAAAGCUGUAUAGGCCAUUGGCUGACCUGUCAACGUCUAUCAGGUGUUUGGGAAUGUCCAGUGUUUUACACGGGGAUGUCGUGCAGUUCAAGCUGUCUGAUAUAGGAGAAGGCAUAGCAGAGGUUGUCAUUAAAGAAUGGUAUGUCAAAGAAGGUGACACUGUGGCUCAGUUUGAUAGUAUUUGCGAGGUACAAAGUGACAAGGCGUCAGUAACAAUAACAAGUCGCUAUGAUGGUGUCAUUAGAAAGAUACACUAUGAAGUUGAUGACAUUGCCCGUGUAGGUAGCCCGCUGGUGGACAUAGAGGUAACCUCCGAAUCAAGCCAAGAUGUGGAUGAUUCAUCGUCCAUGAGUGACAGUGACAGUGACAGUGACGGUGACACAAUCCAGUCAGGAGAGGAAGCCGCACAUGAGGAAAGACGUAAUGUCAAAGUGCUAGCCACACCAGCUGUCAAGAGACUGGCAAUGGAGAACAAUAUAUCUCUGGCUGAUGUUGAUGGGACAGGCAAAGAUGGUAGAGUCUUGAAAGAGGACAUGCUUCGGUAUUUAGACAUGGUCAAAAGUGGUGCAACCACAGCGGCAUCAGCAGCACCUCCUAAACCCCCUCCCCUUAUACCCCAAGCUCCGCCUUCCCCACCACCUCCGACCCCUCCGUCCGUCACCCUACCAGUUCCCCCGUCUAGACCCUUCGAGCCAGUCGUUGUCGGCCAGGAUCGAACUGAGCCCAUCCGAGGCAUCAAGAAGGCUAUGGUCAAGACCAUGACAGCAGCCAAUCAGAUCCCUCACUUUGGUUACUGCGACGAGAUUGACGUCUCCUCGCUAAUGGAGCUCAGGGGUGUCCUGAAGGAGGCUGCAGGCCUGAGAGGGGUCAAGUUCUCCCUCAUGCCAAUGUUCAUCAAGGCUGCUUCCAUGGCCCUGCAUUAUUUCCCUAUUCUCAAUGCUUCAGUUGAUGAACAGUGUGAAAGCCUCACCUACAAGGCCAGUCACAAUAUCGGCUUUGCCAUGGAUACACCUCAAGGCCUUUUGGUGCCCAACGUCAAGAACGUCCAAGCGAGGACGAUCUUUGAGAUAGCUCAGGAACUGAAUCGGCUAAUGACCCUGGGGUACGAGGGCAAGUUGGGGUCCGAUGAUCUUGAAGGAGUUACCUUCACUCUCUCCAAUAUUGGAACGAUCGGUGGGACCUACGCUAGGCCUGUCUUGAUGCCAGGAACAGUAGCCAUAGGAGCAAUAGGAAAAGUUCAGGCCUUGCCACGCUUUGAUGAAGACGAUGAAGUCUACAAAGCCUACGUCAUGAAUGUCAGCUGGUCUGCUGACCACAGGGUCAUCGAUGGUGCCACCAUGGCCAGAUUCUCCAACAUCUGGAAGUCAUACCUAGAGGAGCCUGCUACCAUGACCCUUGACCUCAAAUAAUUCCUCUUGGAUGACCUUUGAGCUCUCUGUAUCGAGGGUGCCGUUUUACGAAGGACACUCCCCCCUUUUCUUCACAACCCUUUCAGAUCGGUUGAAGGAUUUGCUACAGAAAGGGUUAAUUGACAGAUAUCCGAUACAUUUUCCUUUCUUUGUGUAGUGCAUGUGCACUGUUACAUGUAAGUUAGAAAUCAUGUGUUGAAACUUGCCUUGUUUUUCUGUGUUGAUUGAAAGACAAACAGGACAUGGAUGGUAUGUAUUCCUCUAUUGAAUAAGCAGUCAGCCUGAAAAAUUAAUUUCUCAAGUAACUGACCAUUCAAGUUGACUGAUGGAUGCAUAGCGUCUAUAGUUAGUGAGAUAAACGGAGACGUUUCAAACUUAUGGGAAGAGAAUAUGCCCCUCAACUUUUCUUUUUAAAGGACACCCAGUCAUCAGACUGGAAAAUGAAUGUGAUUGGUCAGUGUGGGAGGCUUGAGCCUCAAUUACUGAUGCUGAUUGGUCAGUUUCAUCUCACUGCCUUUCGCUGUCAUAGUCUUAGAAACAAUGGAUGGGGUUUCCCAAAUCUUAAUUGCAAGACUGUGUGAUUUUUCUCUAUUGUUAGGAUGGUCGGGAAUAUGGACUCGCUUUCUAAGGGUUGCUUUAUUGAAAAACAAAUCAGAACUGAAGUGUUGCUUGUCGUAAUGGGGCAGUAUCGUUGUCUCCCUUUUGGAUUUUGGAUAUCGAUUUUGAUAUCUGCUUCACAAAAGACUUCCAGAUUAUGGACAGUUUUUAUGUUGGUCAGUUACUCAUACCUUGGUCCCUCAGAUGGAUAAUUGUUCUGUAAGUUCCUCACUGAAACACACUUCAUUGAUCAACUUGAUCUACACAAACUCAAGCUGUUUAUUUUUUAUACUAUUUAUUAUCAUUCAAAAGAAUGACGCAUUUUUUGUUUCCUAUUUUGUAAAAUCCCAUUUGAUGUGCAAAAGAACACUCCAUACCAAUCCCACGUCACUGUUACCUAUCACGUCAAUGUCAUUGUUAUCUUAUCAUUUGUAAAAACAGAACACAUGCACUGUGUGUUGCAGUGCAUAAUUUCACUGAAAUAUCUGUGGUAACUAGCAUAAGCCAGUCUGACUUCAAAAACACGCCUUUCAAGGCAUGGAAUACUUUAUCUAAGAGAUAUAUACUGCUUGUUUUGACAAGUGUUCAGGACGUUCCAUUUAAGCAGGGGGUGUAAAAUAGUGAUAUAGGCGAUUGUAACGGUUGUUGGCAUUACUUUUUGUUGAGAGGGGGUGGUUUGUGUAACUUAUCUGAGGUAUUUAUGUUUCUAGCUAUGCACGUAUGGCACCACUGUCUUUUUGUCAAAUUUUUUAAAGUUCCAUUUGGAGUUCGAAAACUAGUGCAAAAUCAUUGGAAUCGCCGCGGUGGGGCAAAAGGGCACCCCCGCUGGCAAUUUGAAGAAAUUGGAAGUAUUAAAAAGAUCCUUGGACUUGCUCCUCCCUUUGUGUUAUCUACUUCCCCUACUCGCCCCUUACAGCAAGAACCUCGGCUACACCGCUUUACAAAUUAAACAUCACACUCAAUACAUUGUCUUAUUGGCUAUCCGUGUUAGGGAUUUUCGGGCCUAUAUAUUCUCAGACAUUUUACUGCAAUUCUUUGUGUAGGGUCCAUGGAGGGAACACAUUGAAGGACUAAAUUCAGCGUGAAUAAUGUACAUUGUCACAAAUAAAUUCCUCGGCCGAGGCAUGGAAAAUUUA